UGCUAUUGAAAUUAUAUUCAGGGUCCGAGAGUAUGCUUAUCAAAAAACCGAACGCGAGCUGGUGUAGUCGCGUGUGCAGAGAGGUUCACAAGCAGUUUUUGAUAUCCGAACGCCACCCUCUUAUCUUCGAUUAUUUACGGAGCUACCUCGCUCUGGUGGAAGAGCGCCGGCGUUACUUUCUGGAAGGCAGGAGUGUCAUCCAUCCGCUUAGCAUGUUCAGUCUUUUUUGGAAAAGCUUAAUGGUAUUCGUUAACCUUGCUCAUAUAGUAGCGUCGACCCUGCGAUUUUGUAUCAUAACAGAUGCUUUCAACAUGUUAUAUGUCGAAAAUUGCGACAUAGUUCUCAUGGUUAUCCAAGUUAUAUGCCUUAUCGACAUAAUAAUAUGUUUUAACAUCGGUAUUUUGAAGAGCAAAUCAGCGUUGAUAGUACUUGACCGUAGAAGAAUUGCAAGGGUGUCCUACCUCCAGUACGAAUCGGCGUUCAUCAGGAUACGUGCGCUGACCGCUAUUCUAUUUUACAGGGCAUACGUUUUUAGCUACUUCUUACCAGAUCUGAUAUCAUCGACUCCGGUAUCCUUCGUUUUGCUUAUGAUAGGAGAAAGGAGUCGCAAAGACAUGUUGAUCCCAGACAUCCUGCCUUUAGCUCGCGGUACUGGAUUUAACAUGUUCAAGACUUAUCAUGAGACCGAGAUAGUAGUCAACUCAUUUAUAAUGUUAUUGGGAGCCAUGUUCAAGAUGUACUCAGUUGUGUACUGGCUGCAAACGUACAUGACCGUGUACAACUCGACUUUGCGGUACCAGGAGCUACUGGAUCAAGUUGAGAAAUUCAUGAGUCACCACCAGUUUCCUGGACCAUUAAUGAGGCGUUUGCGUGACUACUACGGAUAUCGCUUCCAGGAGAACUAUUAUAAGGAAUCAGUAGCUCUCGGCUACCUCUCAGGUGCGUCCGUCGUGACUGAUCCUAGAAAAUGUCCUUAUUACAAGCGUCCACUUAAAUUUGUGGAAACACAACUUCGGGAUGAGAUCCAUCUCAAUACUUACCAGAUUUUGGCAGACAAAGUGGCGGUCCUUAAGAAUCUGCCGCCGGCAUUUUUGGGCAGAGUCAUGGGCUAUCUUGAGCUCGAGAUAUUCUUACCUGACGACCUUGUCUUCCAUGUCGGUGACUUAUGCAAGCACGUAUACUUCGUUUGCACGGGGACCCUGGCUCUUUAUACCGUGAAAGGAGUUGAGGGACGUAAACAGCAGCCGUCUGUCCGCGGUGCAAAGUCCGACCUUCUCGAGUUAGUAGACAUUGCGGUGCCCCAGGGUUACGUGAUUGGAAAUAAUCUGUUAUCAAUACUAAUGAACGCGAUUUCACGACCGGACGAUGCCGAGAUCGUGAUGUUCGCCGACGACGGUUGUGUGAUCCUUGCGGCUGACAGCCAAGACCUACUUGGAACAAAACUAACCAAGGCAAUGCACUUUGAUGACGGCGACUUUGUCGGCGGGGUGUCGCUGCUGACGUUGAGCACCAGACGCGUCACUACACUUGUGGCCAUUGAAAUCACGCACACCUAUCGACUGAGCUUCGAGCAUUUGAGAGAGCUCGCCAAGCUGAACACUUCAUUGCUCGACCGUAUCAAGAAGGAGACAUUCAAGCGCUUCACAGAGAUCACGCACAUUGACGAGCUAAUCCUCCGUGAAGGAUCUCCCACGGAGGAUAAUUAG